AUCCAUCAUCACGUGCUGACGCGAAUUGCGAAAUCGCCGACCUCCCCUCCUCUGCUUUCGUCUCUUCCCUCGACAAACCGACCUCCUCCCGCCGGCGACCGCCGUCGAUCCACCGAUCGGGCGGCCGAAAGACCCAACCACCCCCUCCCCGAAAUAGGCAGCUGAGACAUACUACGUUCCUGUCCCCGCCGCCGCCGCCGCCGCCGCAGAAAAGCCUCGCAGCCUGCGCCCCCUCCUCCUCCCCCCGCCCUCCUCACCUCGAUUUCUCUGGGGGCACGGAACCCCGCCGGCGGGCGCGCUUCCGGCAUCUCCUACUGUUCGUGCCGCUGCUGGAGAUCCGUACGUCCGCCACGGAGUAGCGUUCCUUCUGCUGUGGCCCUGCGUCAUCUCCAUCGUCCCCCUCCCAGUCCCCUUCAUCGAGUGGGAGGCGACAGCUCCGAGUCCUAGCCCGUGCUGCAACCUGCGACGAGCGCGGCUCCGACGUCCUGACGCGCGCGAGCGAGGUGUUGGCGGCUCCGGCCGGUCCGACGUGUGGAAGGCGAGCGCGGCUCCAGGCUGAGGACGGCCGAGCGCACCGGAGGGCAGUAACCUGCGGCGGCGUGCGGAGCUCGCUCCCGACGGCAUAGAAUCGGUGUGAUUAGAGGUAACAUAAUGUCUUCUGAAGAUAAAGCAAUGGCUAGUUGUGUCACUUCACUCUCACCAAAAGCUAUGGCGUCGGAACCAGAUCUCAACAUGAUGAUGAUGUCUAGAUCAAAUAUGGAGCAUUCACAAACAAAUGGCCAGGCAAAUGCUGUUCUUGGUCCUGUGGCUAUCUUUUGGGACAUUGAGAACUGUCCUGUUCCAAGUGAUGUACGGCCAGAAGAUGUUGCUGGCAAUAUUAGGAUGGCUUUGCGCAUGCAUCCUGUUGUUAGGGGUGCUGUGACAAUGCUGUCUGCUUAUGGAGAUUUCAAUGCUUUCCCAAGGAGACUCAGGGAGGGAUGCCAGAGAACUGGAGUCAAACUUGUUGAUGUUCCUAAUGGACGUAAAGAUGCUGCUGAUAAGGCUAUACUGGUUGAUAUGUUCCUCUUUGCACUUGACAAUCGCCCACCAUCAUCAAUUAUGCUCAUAUCUGGUGAUGUGGACUUUGCUCCAGCAUUGCAUAUACUUGGCCAGCGCGGAUACACCAUUGUCAUUUCCAUUCCAUCUUCAGUUACUGUCUCAUCAGCUCUGAGCAGUGCCGGGAGUUUUGUAUGGGACUGGCCUAGCCUUGCCCGUGGUGAAGGUAUUGUGAUCCCUAGGUCCUUGGUGCGCCGUCUGGCUGAUUAUCCAUGUUAUGUCAACAGUGGGAAUGUGGGACAGUUCCCUGACAAUCAGAAUGAAGAGGAGGCCAUUAUAUAUACUGGAACGUCAAGGAAUGAAUAUGUUGGCAGACCUCCUAUCAACCAAAUGUAUUGCUAUAACACUUUCCAGACAACUAGAGAACCAAGCAAAGCUUUGUAUACUGUUGAAGAUGGGAACUGUGGUACAUCAUCAAGGCCUCAUAAUUUUUCAUGUGGUCCGAGUGAAAGUCCUGAGACAAACCAAAGUUUGACAGAUGAGCAGUCAUGGUGGGUUCGUCCUGGUGAUCUUCAAGGAUUGAAGGGUCAACUAAUACGUCUGUUUGAAUUAUCUGGAGGAUGUGUCCCACUUGUCCGUAUUCCCUCAGAGUAUCUAAAACUCUUUGGCAGACACCUAUAUGUAUCAGAAUAUGGAGCUGUUAAGCUUGUUCAUCUGUUCGAGAAGCUGGCUGACUCUUUUGUUGUCAUAGGUAAGGGUCAUAGAAAGAUGAUCUGCCUCUGUAAUUCUGGUGAUAGGAACCUGAAGAACUAUUCAAGUACGCCAAUCAUUUUGAAGAAGAAAAGCACAGGAAGUUCUGUUCUUGAAGAAAGCACGAUAGGAGCAUGCCAGCAGUUGGGCAGCUCAUCAGAUGAUUUGUCAGAGGAUGAACCAAAUAUCAACCCAGAUAUAGAUGGCACAUAUGUGUUUAAUGAACAUCUAGACAGUUUCAGAAGGGAGAUUCAGGAGCUUCUUGUUUGCUACGCCUGCCCUGUUCCGCUUGGUAAUUUCGAGAGUUUAUAUGAGCAGCGGUACAAGAAGAUAAUUGACUAUGAGAGCUUCGGAGUCACUGGUCUGGAGGAGCUAGUUGAGAAGGUGAAAGAUGUGGUAGAUUUGCAUGAGGACCAAGCCAGCAAAAGCAAGUUCCUUAUUGCAAACUACACCACUGGUUAGACUAAUUUUCUGUUGUCUUGAUGUCCUAGUUCAGCUCCUAAAGUACUUCAGCUCAAGUUUCCUGAACAUGUGUUACACAUGGCCGGCAUCUUUUUUUUACCGUGCCGGUACGAUAAGUGUGGAUGGCAUAGUAAGUGUUUGUAAAAGCUAAUCUCUGCAAACGGAGAGUUGUUUCUUCUACGCAAAAGGAGGAUUAUACGAAAGAACAGUGACCAUUUAUUAGUUACUUUGCAAAUACAUCUAAUUCCAGUUCAGUCAAGGAUGCUUCCUUGUUGCUUCAGGGGUUAGACUGUGAAUAGUGUUAUUGUAAAAUGGCUAAAUACUGGUUUGAAAGGAUCAUCAGUUCGUUGCCAUCAUUUUGUUGCCAUUGAGGCCUACUGUAGCUUGGUCACCACGCUUGCUCCAUCCAUUAGUUGUUGUGGAUCAUCGGCUCAAAAUUAGCUGUAGAUUUCUUUCCAUGGCAAUAAGAUUUCAGCCAAUGUUAGCUUUGUAAAAAGCUCCAAAUACAUCCAUUGGUAGUUUACAGAGGAACAACAGUUAACGUGUCGUUUUUUUUAAACAAAUAUGUAAUUUGGGGUUUUUUUUUUCUUCCCAAAUGGGGAAAGAAGGCCCUCCAGAAUUGGGUCUGAAGCAGAUUAGAGGAGACCUCAGUUUCUUGUUGGACGCCAAAUAGCGCGUCUUGGCACUGUCAGCUGACCAGAGUAGUCAAGUUGCGCUGCUCCUGAAUAACUGGUGGUGGGGAAGAAACCAAGUGAGGGCAGGCGACUGUAGAAGAAACCAGCAGGAAGUAGCUUGGUUGAUCAUGAGACAAUUUGAGGAAUUCAGAAGGCUGAAGGCCACGCAUCAACCUGUGCUGCGAGUACAGUUCAGACCAAAAUGGAGUCGACCUCCAGUUGGUUUUGUAAAGAUCAAUGUGGAUAGUGGCUUCAUAGAAGAGAGAGCACAAGGGAGUUGGGGCUAUAUAAUCCGGGAUGACGUUGGCGAGGUCCUUCCGGCUGGUGCAGGGAGAUUAAACCAUGUGUUGGAAGCUUGGCAAGCUGCUAAGCUGAAUUGGUGGCAUGCAUUCAGGUUCAGGUAGCAAAAGCGGCGCAGAACAUUGGUAUUCAGAAGAUUAUCCUUGAAACUGAUGUGCUAAUCGUCAAGCAAGCUUUGCAGGCACAGGACUACAAGAUUGUUGGCUAUGCAGUCACAGGAUUACAGCUCAAAGAACUCUGAUGAGUUUGCUGAUGUUAGAGUGGUACAUAUACCGCGUACAUGAGUGUAAUAAAGUAGCAUAUGAGUUAGCUAGAACAGGUAGUCUACAUCAGGAUGAUGUGAUGUUUGAUGCUGGUAGUUUACCAGUUUUUAAUCAUGUGUUGGUGACUA